UUUUAAACUGUUAUUGCAUUAAACCUUGUGGUGCAGGAGUUGUGUAGUCUGCAUUUGUUGAUCUGGUGCAAAAAAACAAAACAAAAAUUUAACAUCAAGCAUUGUCCUGAAAGAAAUCAGUGUCACACGGUCUAAUUGAUUAGCCAAGAUGGCUAGCAAUGAAAUUGACACAGAAAUCCAUAAAAGUGGAGAUGCUACACUAGAUAAAGAGAUUGCCUUGUGGAUAAAGUGGGACAAGAAUGAAAAAUCAAGGCUGCAAAUUAAAGAACUGGCAGUUAAACAGAAAUAUGAAGAACUUAAAAAACUGCUUCUCACAAGGAUGGAGUUUGGUACUGCAGGCUUGCGAACACGAAUGGGUCCUGGCAAUUCCCAGAUGAAUGAUUUGACAAUAAUCCAAACAACGCAGGGCCUGCUCAAAUAUUUGAAAGCCACUAAUACCCUUUUAGAAGAUAUGGGUAUUAUUGUAGGUUAUGAUGGGCGUCACAACAGUGAACACUGGUCAAAACUAGUGGCGACAAUCUUUGUCAAUGCUGACAUUAAAGUUUAUCUGUUUUCAAAGAUGUGCCCCACACCCUACGUGGCAUACGGUGUUCGUAAGUGUAAGGCAGCUUGUGGAAUUAUGAUAACAGCCAGCCACAAUCCUAAAGAAGACAAUGGAUAUAAGGUUUAUUGGGACAAUGGAUCUCAAAUCAUAUCACCUCAUGAUAAAGGUAUCAGCCAAGGUAUUUUAGAAAGUCUGGAGCCAGAGGACAAAUCUUGGGACACAAGUGUGCUGCAGUCUAAGUCAGAGCUUGUGUUUGAUCCUCUAGAUUUGAUCAUUGAAAACUACAACAGUGAGGCUCUGAGUCUUUGCUAUUUGAGAGAAAAGAACAAAGAAUGCCCAGUUCUUUUUACUUAUACUGCUAUGCAUGGUGUUGGUUAUAAUUACUUUUUACAUAUCUCAAGAGCUUUUGAUUUCAAAGACCCAAUUCCGGUGACGGAACAGAUUAUUCCUGAUCCAGAUUUUCCCACUGUGAAAUAUCCCAAUCCUGAAGAAGGUGAAGGAGCUUUGAAACUAGCCAUGGCCACAGCUGAUAAAAAUAAAAGCAAAGUGAUUUUGGCAAAUGAUCCAGAUGCAGAUAGACUAGCUGUAGCAGAAAAAACAGAAAGUGGCUGGAGAAUUUUCUCUGGCAAUGAAACUGGUGCUCUCCUUGGUUGGUGGUGCUGGACAACAUGGCGACAAAAGAACCCUAAAGAGGACUUAUCUAAAGUGUACAUGCUCGCCAGUACAGUAUCUUCUAAAAUUCUUGAAGCUAUAGCCAAGAAGGAAGGUUUUAACUUUAUUGAAACGCUAACAGGCUUCAAAUGGAUGGGGAAUGAGACGGACCAACUGUUACAGUAUGGGAAUAAAGUCUUGUUUGCGUUUGAAGAGGCAAUUGGUUUCAUGUGUGGCUCAGUUGUGUUGGAUAAAGAUGGGGUCUCAGCUGCUGCUGUGAUGGCAGAACUAGCCAAUCAUGUUUACUCAUCCAACUCAACACUCUCUGAACAGUUGGAAAUUAUCUACAAACAGUAUGGAUAUCACAUUAGUCAGAAUUCCUACUUUAUUUGUCAUGAUGCUAAAACCAUUAAGAACAUGUUUGACAGACUUCGUGAUUAUGAUGGAAAGAAGCAAUAUCCAUCUAAGUGUGGUGACUAUGAAAUUGUUCAUGUUAGAGACCUAACUGUGGGCUAUGACUCCGAAACUCCAGACAAGAAGCCUAAACUCCCAACGAGUAAAUCAAGCCAGAUGAUUACCUUUAAAUUUGCUAAUGGCUGUGUUGCCACUCUGCGAACAAGUGGAACAGAGCCAAAGAUCAAGUACUAUGCUGAACACAGGCCAAAUCCCAAGCUAGGGCUUGGUUUUGAUGAAGUGAAACUACAGCUUCAGGAGAUAGUCAAGAAUAUUGAGAAUCAUUUUUACAACCGGACAUUAUUCCCUGAGAUCAAACCUAGAGAGACUUAAAACUUGCAGGUGUUUUCCAGCUUGAGAGUGCCAGUGCCAGAACUGCUGCUGCGUCAGAGCUUUGAGAGAUUUAAAAUUCUGAAUGCCACUGUGAUGUGUUGGGGAGGUGGACUAGUACAUCUUAAAACAUCAAAAUUCUAAAAAUUCUCAAUGUAUUUUUUUUACAAUAAAGAAAAAUGUACCGAAAAUGCAUUUAGAAAUUUUUUUGUUGUAAAAUAUUUAUUCUACAUUUUAAAAAUAUUUUAUUCAUGUCUUUUUUUUCGGGGGAUGUUGUUAACAUUUGUUUAUUAUAGUUUGAUUUUUAAAUUAAUUUUUUUCAAGCCUCAUUGAAAUCCUCUUGGGUGAAGCUUCCUUUUUUCUUGUUAGAAAACUAUAUACAGCUGGUAACAUCUGUAUAUCAGCUCAACUGAUUUUAAACUGCUGGUAUUGUUUUGUUUUUGUGAUUUUCUUUAAGACCGAUACUAACCUACAACUAGCCUAUUGAUUGUCAUAGUUACUUAACACUUAACAUUGUGCAGAGUUCCUCCUAGACUGUGAUAGUGAUGUAAAGUUAAGCCGAUAAAAUUAUCUCUUGUAUGGCUAUACUUUGUUAAGAAUGUUAAUCUUUUGAGUAUUAUCUUUAAGGUCAUUAUUAUCAGUAAUUAAUAACUUAACCGUUUAUUUUUGUUUUACUAAAAUAUAAAAGCUGUGGUUUAUUUAUUUGUUUUUAUAUUUAUUAUCCAUGUGUUGUAUAUUACACAUGUUUACCUAGAUAAAUAAUUAAAGAGUAAUUAUUUUUAUAAAAAUUUAUAUCUAUAUAACUAUACAUGUAUCCCAGGAUUUUCUGAAGAAUUUAUUGUAGCACCUGGCUCCUUAUUUUACUUUCAUAUCAAUGUUUUUUUUUUGUUUUUUUAAGCAAACAGCUUUAGUAAAUUCAUUAUAGUUUUUACAAGUUUAAAAUUUUUUUUCUAGCUUUACAUGGCCACAUUCCUGUUGAAGUGUAUUGCAUGUGGUUGAGUAUUUGUUUUUACUGCGAAGUGUUUUCAGUCUGUUUGGUAUUUAUAUUUCAAUUGUAUACAUAAGCACAUCUAAUAUACUUUGUUAUUUAAAUAGAUUGGGCCGGGCUCAAUCACACCUGGGGUUAUGAUCUCCUAGCUUUGUUUUGUGAAUGCAAAAGUGAUCAAAGUAGAGUUCAAUCCAGAGCUACUGAUAGUAAUUUGCUUAUUAUACUCACCAUCAAGAAUGUAAAAUAAAAAACAUAUCACUCUCAUAUCUUAGGAUCAAAGUAAUUUACUACUAUGUCAUCUCACAUUUUUAUAAAAUAAAAGGUUCAAUUAAAAUCAAGAGAGCUUAUGUUGCUAGGUAUAAUAGUAGCCUUUUUUUUCAAUGAGUUACAUCAAACUUACUUAAAUCACCUGAAGUUGUUUUUGUUUGUUGACUUUUUUUUGUGUUUGAAAGCAUAGUUUAUAGAAUAUAGAUCUUAACUUUUUCUUAGCAUAUUUUUCAGGAUUUUGUCUUAUAUUUUUGUUCUGAUGAAUUCAUUUCUAUAUUCUUAAUAUUUGCUUCUAGGUUUUAUUUACUAUAGAAUCUUAGGAUAUAUCACAAAACAUAUUGCAUGUUCAGACAUGUCUUUGUGUAGCACACAGUUAAGCAAAACACACACACUGCACUUUGGUAAAUCCAUGAAGUGAAAUAAGUUAUAUAUCAUGUACAGCUGUAACUUUAAAAAUUUUAUUGUAUUAGAUUUUACCUCUUUUAAAUGUAGUGAACAAAUUUUAUACCAGGUAAUGCUGUUUGUAAAAAUCAGUUAUUUAAUGAAUCUCUGUUACAGGUAGUGAUAUAAAAGUAAAAAAAAAACUACUUACUGUUGCUGUAGGCCUACUCAAUAUUAAAAAUAAAAAGUUGCAUCUUUGUCAAGAUUUGUUUGUUUUUUUGCAUCCACUUAAAGUAAGAAAUAUGCUGCCUUAGUUGUGUCUAAAUUCUUAAAAUUUAUCCUUUUAUAACAUUCGAUGAUUUGACUCGUAUUUAUCAGACUUUUUUAUAUUGCUUCUUUCAGUACAUUUUCUGUUACUCAUACAAAGUAAGGAAAAACUCAAUAUAACUAAACAACUUAAUAGUUAUCACUUAUUUAGAAUAUUUUUGUUUUUUAAAAAUUCUCUUGAAAAUAAAAAAAAAAUGCUUUCAAAUUAUUUUACAAUUUUCAGCAUUGCAUCAUGUGUUUUCUUCUCUUCUAUGCUUUCUAUUGGAUGACUCAAUAAUUGGUUUAACUUUUUCUUUUAU